UGACGCAACAAUUCGACCGCGUAAUCUCUUAUCAAAAAGUUUGUUUUUGAGUACUAGAAAACAUUUCAGUUAUUUCUUCGGUGUGCUGUGUUCAACCUUUCAUGAUCAAUCAAUUUGUACCAUAAUAGUGAAAUAGAACAACAGCUGAAAUUAUGGCCUUCAAUCCAUCAGAUCACCCUCACAACAGAUACAACCCCUUGAGGGGGGAAUGGGUCCUGGUAUGUCCACACAGAGGUAAACGGCCAUGGGCUGGUCAGAUCGAGAAGGUACGUGAAGCAGACAUUCCACGCUAUGAUUCAAACAAUCCCCUAUGUCCCGGAAACAAGCGAGCGAACGGGGAGGUUAAUCCACAUUAUGAACACACUCACGUAUUCAUCAACGAUUUUCCUGCCCUGAUGCCCGAUACGCCACUGCCUCCAGAAAGCAAUGACCCUCUAUUUCAAAUGCAACCAGCUAGAGGAACCUGUAAGGUGAUGUGCUACCACCCCCAUUCUGACCUUCAUUACUCCAACAUGGAACUCGAUGACAUCCACCUGGUGAUAGAAGAAUGGUUGACGCAAUACCAAGAUUUAGGAAAGAAAUUUCUCUGGGUCCAAAUAAUGGAGAAUAGAGGCGACAUGAUGGGAUGCUCCAAUCCUCAUCCCCAUUGUCAGAUUUGGUGUUCGGAAUUUUUCCCAAACGAACCAAGAAUAAAGCACGAAAAUCUAAAAUCGUAUUAUGAAAAGUACAAGAAGCCACUUUUACAAGACUACCUCGAAAAAGAGCUGAUCAGAGAAGAACGAAUCGUAUACGAAAAUAAGGAAUGGGUCGUCCUAGUGCCUUUUUGGGCAUUCUGGCCCUUCGAGACUAUGGUCCUCCCAAGACGACAAACGCAAAGAAUGUCUGAUCUCGAUGAUGAGCAGAAGAAGUACCUUGCGUUAAUGUUCAAAGAGUUCACCUCUAAAUACGACAAUCUUUUCGACUGCGCUUUUCCUUACUCAAUGGGGUUCCACGGGGCUCCAACUGGAGAACAAUUUAAAGUUGAUAUGCCUUUUUGGACAUUACAUGCUGUUUACUACCCUCCACUCCUUCGUUCUGCGACUGUCAAGAAAUUCAAGGCUGCUUACGAAUUGUUGGCCCAAGAUCAGCGAGAUAUUUCUCCUGAAUUGGCAGCUUUGAGGUUGAGAGAACAACCCACAACUAGAAACCUCAAAUGAUCAUUAUUUCUUUGAAUAUCUCUUUAUAUUUCAUUUCAUUGUUUUCCUAUAGGGUGAAAAAAGUUGUAAGUCUAAUGGAACGAUUGAAGAUCUCGAUGUUUUAUAUUUUAAUAUCAAUUAAAAAUGUUGUUUUGACUCAUUUAUUCCAUAAAAUAUACUUUGUUCCAC